AUGGAAAUCAUUCUAUCUUAAGAAAAUACUGUAGUGAUGCUAAAAAUAAAUUCGGUUGAAACAAAUGUUUAUUUCUUUAAAAUUAAUGUAAAAUCAAGACUUGUGAUAUUGCUUUGGACUCAUUUACAACAAUGUUAAAAUUAUGAUAAUUUAUUGGAUUGUGUUACCUCUGAAAAUGAAGGAUGUAAAUAAAGACCACAAUCAUGUGAAGUUUAUGUUGGUUAAAUAGAUUAUUAUUCAAUAGUAUAAGAAGAUUGCAUAUGGUAUAAUAAUAAAUGUGUAUAAAGAGAAUGUUAAUAUGCUCCAGAUUAUUAUGGCCAAGUGGAUUGUAGACAAUAUGGAAAUUUUAUAGGAAAAUUAAUUGGUGGAUGCUAAGAUUCACCAGAUAAUUUUAAUUAGAUUUUAGAAGAAUAAUUUUGUGAAUUUAAUUAUAGUAAAGAAAAAUGUAAUUGGUUAGAUGGGAAAUGCACACUAUUCGAAUGUAUAAAAUUAAAAUUGCCAACUUAUAAAAAUCAUUAAAUUUGCUAAAAGUUUAGUCCAUUAUGCACAUUUCACUUAGAAGUUUUAGGGUGUGUAGAUAAUAUAUGUGAAAAUAUUACUGAAAUAGAAUAUUGUUCAGUUGAUUCAAAAGGAACUAUUUGUGCAAUCAAUUAAGAAUUUAUUGAUAAAAAAUGUAAAACAGCUCCAAUAAGUUAUGAUAGCAACUAAAAAUGUGAAUAGUGGUUGCCUUAUUGCACAGUUAAUUUGUAAAGAUUACAAAAUUCAAAUAUAACGGUUAGAUGUGUUGAUAAAUAAAAUAAAUGUGAAGUUGCUCUUAAAGAACAAUGUUAUUCUACAAUCUCAGGUAUUAAUUGCAAAUGGGACAGCAUUAAUCAAAAAUGUAUAUAUAAGGUGUGCAUUGAUGCAGAUCCAAAUUUAUAUUUAACUAAUGAAGAUUGUAAUUCAUUUGAUGUUUUACAGGGAGCUUGUAUAAUUAAGUCUUCUGGUUUUGGAUGCGAAUAAUGGCCAAAUAAUUGCGAAGAGUUGAUAAGUGAAUUUUAGUGUAAAUUAAAUUUAUAAGAUGAAACCAAGUGUUUUUGGACUGGUAGUUUAUGUAAAACAUUAGAAUGUUCAGAUGCUUCUAAAAUUAAUUAUACUAAUAAUAUUGAAUGCAAUAUCUGGUUAGAUUAUUGA